CAGGCAGAGGCAGUGCGAUCGUGAACUUGUCUCUCGUCAGUUCAGUUGUUCACGUGUGCCGUGCAUCUCUCUACGAGUAUUCGUAGUCGCAGUGUUUAUAACACUAAUUACGCGUUGUUGGUGCUUAUUCUUGUUAGUUUGGCUUUGUGAAUGUGUGCACGACGAUAUCUUGGCAAAACAACGCAAAUUACCAACAGUUUUAUGUUCGUUGCUAUCGGCGCAGCGCAUCUAUGGUCUACUUCACAGCCAUUUCGGGGCCUGAAAAGUGUUAUAAACUAUAAUUAAAUACGUGCGUGCGUGUGCGGUGACUCGGCAAUCAACGCAACUCAUUUAAAUCAAUACAACACAAUUGCCGCAUUUUUGUUUAUCGCCAUCGCCAUCUCCGACAUCGUCGUCGUUGUUGUUGUUGUUGGUUCUUUAAAACAUAAAUUAAUAUAAAUCCAGGCAAGUUCCCUGGUGCACGGCAACGGCAACGGCAAACAGCAAAACUAAUUUAUGGCAUUAAAAAUGCAUAUUUUCUAGCAGUGUGUUGCCAGUUUUUAUCAUUUGCCAACUGCAAAAGGCGCGCGCCUGAAAGUGUGCACUACUUUCUCUCCUCUCGAGCGCGAGUGUGUGUGAGUGCAAGUGUGCAAGUGUGCAAGUGUGUGCGUGAGUGUCUAUGUCGGUGUCUAUAUCUGUGCUGUGCGUCCGCCUGUCCCUUUUUAUUUCUCGGCAAAAGUGAAGUUUAUGCGAGGCGAGAGCUGUGAGUAGCUCAUGCAGCUAAAAUUGGAUUCGACUGGCACAAAGCAGCAUUAGAGCAACUGAGCCUGAAAAUUUACCCUCAACCGACCGACCGACCGCUGACUGACUGUGGCAUCUUCGUCUCUCCCGCAUCUUCGUCUCCAUCCUAAUCGUCGACGUCGUCGUCAUCGUCAGCAGCAGCAGCAGCAGCAUUAUCAUCAUCAGCAGCAAGAGUAACGCAUGAUAACUCACUACUUUGGCCCUGGACUGGCAACGAAAUGGCUUUCCUAUGUGCACCGCUGGCCACAGUAAUGAAAUGGCGACCAAUGGUGAUUUAUCGAUGAUCUCGCCUCCAACGUCUUCCAUUUCAAACGAUCAAGAUCCGUUUGGACAGCUGCCACCGCUACCACCGCCGUUGCGUUCCACCCAAGUGCUUCAGCCAUUGAGCGUAUUUCCAGUGUCCAAUUUGAGCGAAGAUUCUUACGAUUAUGUUUUUGGUGGUCGACGUAAGACUCCGCCCACAACAACGACAACACAACUCAAGCUGACCUCGCCGCCAGUUCGCUUGCGACCCGAAGACGCCUAUCGAGGUGAGAAUAUAAACAACGGACGUUUCUAUCGCCAUUCCUUCAGCUAUGCCCCAAAACGUCAACGCCACUCGAGUCGUGAUGAUCGUGACCGCGAGUCAAGAUUAAGAUGUCAUGGCGAGGAUGAGGCCACUUUGCGCCAAUUGCUGCUCGAAAGCCACACCCAAAGUGGUUUGGUAUUCACGCCACUCAAUGAUUUGCAAAAGCAAGUUAGCGUGAUGAGCAUGAAUCUAUCAGCGAAACUCGAUGAGCUGCAGCGAGGCGAUCGACACCUGGAGACGACAGUCGCCUUGUGCGAAAUCCGGACACAGCUGCAGGAGCUGACCAAGUCCGUGGAGAGCUGCCAGAGCGAAGUAUCUGAGGUCAAACGUGACAUGGUGGCUAUCAAACAUGAACUGGACACUGUGCAGCAGGUGAAGGAGGAGAUUGAGGAGCUGCGCGAAUAUGUCGACAGACUGGAGGAGCACACACACAGACGGAAGCUAAGACUUUUAGAACAAGGUCUGACCUUCUUUCUCACCUACUCCAUAUUCUCGGCGGUGCUGGGCAUGCUGCAGUUUGGCUACAACACUGGAGUCAUCAAUGCGCCCGAGAAGAAUAUUGAGAAUUUCAUGAAGGAUGUAUACAAGGAUCGCUAUGGCGAGGACAUUAGCGAGGAGUUCAUUCAGCAGCUCUACUCGGUGGCAGUCUCCAUAUUCGCCAUCGGCGGUAUGCUCGGCGGUUUCAGCGGUGGCUGGAUGGCCAAUCGCUUUGGCAGAAAAGGCGGUCUAUUGUUGAACAAUGUGCUUGGUAUUUCGGGCGCUUGUUUGAUGGGUUUUACCAAAGUUAGUCAUUCCUAUGAAAUGUUAUUCCUUGGCCGAUUUAUAAUUGGUGUUAAUUGCGGUCUCAAUACAUCGUUGGUGCCAAUGUACAUCUCUGAAAUAGCGCCACUGAAUCUACGCGGUGGCUUAGGUACUGUUAAUCAAUUGGCUGUGACUGUAGGUUUACUAUUAUCCCAGGUGCUGGGCAUUGAACAAAUCUUAGGCACUAAUGAGGGCUGGCCCAUACUCCUGGGUCUGGCCAUCUGUCCAGCAAUAUUGCAAUUAAUAUUACUGCCAGUUUGUCCCGAAUCACCCAGAUAUUUGCUCAUCACCAAACAAUGGGAAGAGGAGGCGCGUAAAGCACUGCGUCGCCUGCGCGCCUCCGGCUCGGUGGAUGAGGACAUUGAGGAAAUGCGCGCCGAGGAGCGUGCUCAGCAGUCCGAGAGCCAUAUAUCGACCAUGGAGCUCAUCUGUUCGCCCACGUUGCGUCCGCCAUUGAUCAUUGGCAUUGUGAUGCAGCUGAGUCAACAGUUUAGCGGUAUCAACGCCGUCUUCUACUACUCCACAUCGCUCUUCAUGAGCUCCGGACUGACUGAGGAGAGCGCCAAGUUUGCCACGAUAGGCAUUGGCGCAAUUAUGGUUGUAAUGACUUUGGUCUCCAUACCGCUGAUGGAUCGCACAGGUCGUCGAACCCUGCAUCUUUAUGGAUUGGGCGGCAUGUUCAUCUUCUCCAUCUUCAUAACGAUUUCGUUCCUGAUCAAGGAGUUUUUUGGUUAUGUGCAGGAAAUGAUCGACUGGAUGUCAUAUCUCUCGGUGGUGGCCACCCUCGGCUUCGUCGUCUUCUUCGCCGUGGGACCCGGAUCCAUUCCUUGGAUGAUCACCGCGGAGCUCUUCUCGCAGGGACCGCGGCCCAGUGCCAUGGCCAUUGCAGUGUUGGUCAAUUGGAUGGCCAACUUUGUGGUCGGCAUUGGUUUCCCCAGCAUGAAGACCGCAUUGGAGAACUACACUUUCUUGCCAUUUAGCGUAUUCUUAGCCAUAUUUUGGAUAUUCACCUACAAGAAGGUUCCUGAGACCAAAAACAAAACCUUUGAAGAGAUCUUGGCUCUCUUCCGUCACAACAACGGCAGGAGUAUGCUAAACUGCACAAAUAGCUUGGAGCCACAAAGUAUGAAUUCUGGCAUCGAGCAUGCCGCAUUGAUGGUAUCUGAGGAGAAGACCCAACAUGACUCACUGUUUGGUACGACUUCGUUCUCGUUGACGGUUGAAGGCAUGGGUCCAUAUCCGUUAAGCGAUAGCACCAAUCUCUUGGGUCCAACGUCAACAAGUUAUAUGAGCGGCGGAGUCGGCGUGGCCGGCUCCUCCUCGGCUUGCUACACAAACUACGGUACAAAUAUACAAACGCCAGUUCCUAAUCGCAAAUGCUACUACAAUGAGUCUGACUAUGGCCGAGAUGAUAACUUUCGCCGGCACUCGGCGCACGGAAGAAUGUCAUCUGCAUCCGAGCGAUUUUUAGACGGCGGCCGAAGUACACACCAGGGCCGGAGCGCUGCCUCUGUGCCCCAUCACCUUCGUCAGCAAGCACCUGUUUGCCAGAACAGCGGGCCUUGACUGAGGAACGCCUCACCUCCUGAAACUGCCAGUGUACAUUCAACGAGUCGCGCUGAGGAGCAACAACAGCAGCAACAGCAACAACAGCAACCGCAACAUGAACAGCAGUGCUCGUCCUCCUCUCAGCAUCAGCAUCAACCCUGUUACACCACACACGAAUACGUACAUUGUAGCUAUGAGAAGGAAAUCGUAUGUGAUCAGGCACCGCUGCCAUCGCACACACAACAACACAAGCAUGAGCAGUCCCAGGAGGCGGUAGCCAUCAUUUCCCACUGCCAUCAGACGCAACAACAGCAGCAGCAGCCGCAGCAGUCGUCGCAGUCGCAACGCAAGCACAGCCACAGUCACAGUCCGCACCACAGUCGCCACACUUCACCGCACAGUCAUCACUCGCAUCUGGGUCAGGGUCAGAGUCAGAGUCAAUCACAAUCACAAUCGCAAUCCCAAUCUCAGUCGCACUCUCAUCAUCAUCACUAUCGCCGUCGACGUCGGCAGCACAGCGUCGCUGCUGUCGGUGGCAGCGGCAGCUUGCCAGGCGCCCACACCCAACACUCCCACUCAGGAGGCGGUGGCCACCACAGCGCACGUCACGUGUGCAGCAGUCGACGUCAUCGCUCGGUCACCGAUGUGUCCUGCAACUCGAUCAACGCCUGUCAGGAUGCAGCGUGCGCCGAUCGCGAGGUCCAGGAGAUAAUGGUGCGCAAGUCCUGCUGCAGUGCCUCACGCACUGAGCUGGCCCAAUACUUUGCCGAGGAUCUCUAUGGCGCAUCCUCACGUCGUCCCAGCUCGUGUUGCACCAGUUCCGAUUAUUGCUAUCAAACGGACUCCACUAGUCUGUACGGUUCACGCUCCUCGCUCAGUCGCAACAACUCCAUCAAGUCCGCCUCGGCUGCCAUGCGCAAGCAGCAGCGUCUCCAAGCUCGCCAACCCAGCUACACUUCCAUCUCGUUGCGUGGCCUCAACGCCAGUCGACCCAACAGUCAGCUGGGCUCGUUGACUUCCAUCUUCGAUCGUGCCAAGCAGAUUGCCGACGACAGCAAGUACCCGGAACAGCAGGAUGCGGCUCGUCAAUCGGCUAUGACACCUUCGCGUGGCUCCACGCUGGAGCGGCACAGCUCCAAGGGAGCGCUAAGCAACGAGCUGCCCGAGUACGCCUGCUCACCGUCGCCGAUUCGCUGGAGUUUCCUCGCCGACGGAAAGUCCCCGACGGAGUUCGAGCUGGAGGGCGCUGUGGGAGGCAACACGGAGACAGCACAGGCAAGCUCGGCUGCUGUCGAGGAUAAGUUGGAUGCGUGGCAUGUGCCCGAGCCGGAGGUGAAGCCCUGCCGCAAGCGCACGAGCAGCUGGAAGAGCUCCCUAUACGAUGAGGGACCAAGCACAUCGGCAGCGGCUGCUGCACGCAAGCGACGUGGCAGCAACUAUCACUGCGAGUUCGAGGAGUCGACGACGGUGCUGUUUCAUCAGGAUCAGGAGGGGGAGACGUACAACAAUUGCUGCAACAACUACAUACAGUGCAACACGUAUCUGGAUCAAGAUCUGCAGAUAACCAGCGAGGAUAUUCAUCAGUAUUUGUCGAAGGGAAAUCCGACGGUGGGCGAUGUGCUCAACAAUUCCAAGAACUAUCCGUUUCAGCCAAGCAAUGCACUCGAAUUCCAGUACAAGAACAACUUUCAGCAGGGCAACAACAAUGCCAACAACAACACAAACACCACCAACACCGCCUCGAGCGAUGCGGGGGAAUGCUUUCAACGCUACGAGCGCAGUUAUCACACCAGCGCCUCCAGCAAGGAGACGAAUUUGAAUCAAAAUGCCAGUGGCCAGGCGGCAGCAACAGAGCCGAUGUCUCCCAGCAAUAUUAACCUGUCGAGCAGCAGCAACAACAUCAAUAUCGUGUUCAGCAGCAGCAGCCAGGAGCGCAAUGCCAACGAGGUGAAGUUCAUCAACAAUCGAAGCGGAGGCGCGGACAGAGAGCGAGAGCGAGGUGUUGGCGAGGUGACGGACUCAUCGACGAUGGUCAGCUCGGAGGCGCAUCAUGCCGGAUACUUGCCUUACACGUAUCCCAGCUAUGAUUAUACCAACAUGUCGGGGAACUCGCACUUUGAGAAGCCGCUGGGCAUCGAUGAGUUGCCCAAGGAAUUCGCUGGCGCUCAUUUGGAUGGCGGAGGUUCGACGACCAGCGAGCACUCGUCGUCGCUGCACUUUGAUUCCUUCGAUGCGGCAUCGGAGCACAAUCUGUUGUCGCAACCGAUGUCCCCUGGUUCGCCUGGCUCCGUUUCGGUCUCGGUGAAUCCUGCUGGCGAUGGUUAUAUGCAUCUGCAUCACUCGCAUCUCGAGCAUCCUCAUCAGCAGCAUCAGCAGCAGUAUUAUCAUAGCUAUUCACAGCACGCUCAUCAUGCCCAUCACAGCACCAACACAACUUGCACCAACAGCACGUGCACCUAUGCUUAUGGCCCCCACACGCCCCACGACCUGGCCGAGGAGCAAUUCCGGCUGGGUAAUGCUUUGAAGAAGGUGCGCAAGCGUGCACGCAAAUACACCGAUUUUCUGCGCAAGAAGUGAAGAGCGGGACACGUGAGACCUCCUUGCUGAUAACCUCCUCCUUCCACCCCCUUCGUCCCUCUAGAUUCGCCAUACUUUGGUCGCAAGUAUGUCGUCGUCUCGAAGUCGCAGCCGCGUCGCUCGCAAAGCCUGGACGAGGAUUAGCUGUGGAUAAUUGUGGAUUGUGGAUGGAACAACAACAACAACAACACAAGAAAGAUCAACAUCAGCAUUUUUAUCGCACACUUUUCGAAAAGCAAUAACUAAACAUUUUUCAUCAAAAACCAAAAAAUCACUUCGAACGAAAUUAAUUAAUUUAAAUUUAUACACUGCCAAAAAGACGAAGACGAAGUUUAGAUGUUUGAAAUUUAUUAAUAUUUAUUUGUGGUAGGCCAAAUUGUUAAGUGCGAUGGACACACAUAAGAACACACUCACACAUACUGAUUCACAUGCGGCAGCCAGCUACAAAAAUACAAGAAACAACAAGAUGAACAAGACGAUGAACAACAACAACAACAACCACAACAACGACUAUUUUAAAAGAAUUACUAAGCUAACAGUGCGUAUACAUGAUAAGUAUGAACAUUUGUAUAUUCAACUUAAUGAUUAAGUACAGGUUUUGAAUUUGCAUAUUUAAAUUACGAAUACGAAUACGAAAAUGAAAAAGAAAAGAAAAGAAAAAGGCAAAUGCAAAUAAUAAUGCACAACUACCCAAGAAAACAUAACAUAGUUAUUAAAAUUAAACAAUAAAUUUAAAUAGAAGUAUUUGUAAGAGAUCGCCGAGAGAGAGAUCGAAGCAGCGCUACAAGAUUUAGAGUUUCAGCAACUGCAGCAUAGACAACAACCAGAAAACAGAAAAUAUUAACAGUUAAUUGAUAAAUUAAACCAAAUAAAAAGUAAACCAAUUGCAAAAGAACAUUUAAGAGCAACAACAACAAGAAGAAGAAGAAGAACAACAACAACUGUAGCUGACACAUAAAAUGCAAAAGUUAUUGAGCAUUCCACUUAAUCAGUAAGUAAGCUAAACUAAGCUACAAAUUUAAUAAUAUUAUAGGUAUAUAGGAAGGUGAUUUUUUGUUAGUUAUAUUUACUGUUUUAUAUGCGCAUUUUUAUGGUUGAAGUUGAACAAGUUUCUUCAGGGACUGCUUGCAAUUUAUGUAUAAGCAAUAAGCCGUUUUGCUCAAAAAGAUAAUCUCUUUUGUGUUUUGUGUUCUUUGAUUCCCAAUUUCCAAUUUCAUUUAAUCUCGUUUCGAAAUUCGAAUACUUUCAUCGCUUUCCGUUUCCGUUUCAUGGUAAACUGUCUUUCUUUCUCGAGAUGUGGUGCGGAUCACAUUUCAAAGCUAAUAAUCAUUUGAAUUGCAUUGAUCCCAACAACUGUCUUCCAAUUGUAUUUUAUAGUACAUCUCUAGUUUCAAUUCCUUUGAAGAAAAACCACAAAAGAACAAAACGAAAACGAAAAAUUAAAUCACACAAAAACACUUAAAUAGGUAAUUUUUAAUUUCGAUAAAUUAAUGAAUGAAUUAAAUCAAACGUACCUUGCGUGACAAAAACAAAAAACAAAAAAAGAAAACAUUGAAUAAAUAUUAGUAAGGCAAAAAAUGAGACGAACAACUGUAAAUAAUUGCUGUUAAUUAAAGAUUAAAUUAAUUUACGAAAUAAAUUACAUUUAAUGAAACUUAAUAUAAUUUGUAGUUAUUAGCUGAAAAAUCAUUAAAAUAGUAAAACGGAAUAAUAAAUAUAAAUGCACUGCCAAAAAAAGGUUUUAUGUAAAACAACAACAACAACAACAACAAAAUAGAUUGAACAAACCGACGAUGAAGAAUCUAAGAAAAGCAAAAAAAAAACUAAAAAAUAAAAAACAAAAGCGAAUUCAAAAAGAAAAAAACAACAACAUAAAAACUUUAAACAAAAUACUGCUGUAAAUAUAAGAAUGAAUACAUAUAGAAAAUCAUAGACAUUUUUUAAUGGCACAUUAAUUAACGAGGAGCAUGCAAUUUGCAGAUUUUUUACAUUAUUUUAAUGAAAUAAGUAACAACAAUAAUGAGUUAAAUACAAAUUCUUAAAAACAAAAAACCAAAAAUAUAUUUAAAAAAAAGAAAAACAAAAAGAAGCCACGCGGCAGCGAUUUUGUAACAAAAUCAAAAGAUAAAAUGUUAACAUUGCAUAAAGUUUAAAAUAAUAAAAUAAUUGAAUUGAAUUGACGAACGAAAAAACAAUAGAAGCGCAAAAUGGACUACGAAAACGAUGUUAACUGGUUGUGAGUUUGAUCUGAUACGACACCUGAGAUACUUUUGCAGAUCUGAGAUGCGAAAGUAUCUGAGAUGCAUAUCAUUUGAGCCGAACUAGUCUAAUGUUGUGUGCAUUAUUCUAAAUGUAAAUAAUGAGGAAAUCAACUAAGUUAAUUAACGCCCAUUAACAAGUUAAUAUACACACACAAACCAAACACACACAAGCAAAGAAAGAAAGAAUUAACUAUGCAAUUUAACGAGAAUCGUUCAUAAAACAACAAUAAAAGCUAAUGAAAUACAAUUUUAAUGUUCACAGAAUACAACAAAAUAAUACACAUUAAACUAAUAAACAACAAAAAAACAAAAAA